AUGGGUAUCAGUGCGUCAGCGUUCGUAAGAGGCGAUGGGCCGAUCAAGGCGUUGGUGCUCGGGUGCAUGCAGUCCGGAAAAUCAACGUUUAUUAGGCAGAUGGUGUAAGUUGGAGCGAGUUGACUUUCGUGAAACUGUAAUUAGUUGUGGAUGUCUCACGAGCAGGUGUCACGGGCCUAACAAGCUUCCAAUCCGAGAUAAUUACACACCUUUGUGAAACAAGAAUCGCCAGCUUCUCUUGAGAUUAUUCUUAUUAAGAUAUUGAGAAAUUGAUUCUGGUUUCACAAAGUUUUUGUAUGAAAGUGUACUCAUUUUCCAUCCGUAAACACAAGUUUUUCAGGAAGAACGCCACAAAAAACGUGUGCGCCACAAGAGAAUACUACCGGUAUUGUCUCCAGCUUCACCUCCUCAACGUACGUUUGUCUCAAUCUAUUCUCGAAUUCGGCACCAUUCCGCAUCUUUUCAGGUCUACCGGGAUCUUAGAAAAAUGUGCGAAAACUUAGACAUUAAUUAUGGCGAACUGGCGGUGAGCGCACUUUUCUGAUAGUCAAAACUCAAAUAGGUCGGUCGGUUCAGAGCGAAUUCGAGACGAUCGACACGUAUCGACAUCGCGAGUAUUUCAAUGAUAACGUGAUUAACGCGAUCAACAAGCUCAAAAGGUCGGGGCUUUUCGAUUUGUGCAAAUCGAGGCAGCGGGUUUUGCACAUGCUGCCGCAGAAUUAUAAUCAGUGAGCGAAUUCAGCUGAUUUCACUGACAACUGACAACGCCUUUUUUCAGUUUUAUUCAAAACACGGAGUUGUUCGUGGACAAGAACUACGUGCCCACCGAAAUGGACAUUCUUUUGUCGUACUCGCAGACGAUAGGCGAGAAUCGGGAGCUACUCACGUGCGGUUCCAUCAAAAUAGAGUAAGAGAGGCCGGGGAUCCACUAGCACUAACAAGAACUCUUGCUCAGACUGCUCGAGAUGCCGGGCCAUCACAUUUGGCGUCAAAAAUGGGCAGAACGAUUCGCCGAUCAGGACAUGUGCAUAUUCGUGAUAGACAUGAGCGAAAUAUGCAAUCCCAACUUUUAUGAUGUCAGUUUUUAGGGGGAUAUUUUUGGAUGAACGUAUUCAUUUCAGAGAGGAUUCCUCGAGAACAAGACCCUGGACAUCUUUAAGGAAGUUGUGAAUCACCCACUGCUCAAGGGCAUCUACUGGGUGCUAAUUUUCAACAAAAUGGACAUUUUCGAGGAGCACGCCGCCGGAUUCGACUUUAAAAAGUUGGCCUCUCAUCUGGACACGGCCGAGAGUGCGCGCAACUUUUACCGCUCGCAAUUCCUGCCAGUGGUGCCCAAAACGAAAUUGUUCCAUCACAAUUUAUCGUUGAUUUUGGUAAGCUUCCCAGUUAUGAAAAACGAAAAAUUUUCUGUAAUUUUAGCACAAGGAAAGCCAGACGUUUAUCGGUGACAUGUUCAAAAAGAUCGGGCGGCUCAAUCGUGACCGGAAGCAAUUGACGUGA